AUGCACAUCAUACCUUUUUUAACAUCUUUCAUAUCGCUUAUACUUUUAAGUUGUGUUUACUGCUCACCACGACGAGGGGAAAAAGCGAACUCCAAUAAUAUCGAGCUGGCGCAGAAUGAGCUCAUAAAACCAUAUAGUAAUCUACCGAGAAUCCUGCUGCAUCAGCAACCUCUUGAUUACCAACAACAACAACAACAACAUCAGAACCAACCAUCGCUGCAACCACUAGGACAACAGCACCAACAGCAUGUACUACAGAAUCAUGAUUCCAACUAUCGCAUGUCGUCACUUCUACCGUUGCAACUCCGAUCCAUAGAGGACUGCGAGCUUCAGGAUUUACUAUUAAUAAGUGAUAUCAACGGUAAUUUACAUGGCCUUGAACGAGGAACUGGCUCACUUUUAUGGACCCUACCUAUAGAUGAACCAUUGGUUAAAGUUCAAUCCAAUAAUUCCUCUGAGAAUCAAACAUCGGCAAAGUCACAGACUAAUAUACUAUGGUUUGUGGAGCCCUAUGACGAUGGAACUCUUUUUUACUUCACACCCAUGUACGGCCUUAACAAGUUACCAACAAGUAUCAAAACAUUGGUCAUGGAGUCUCCGUUUUCUUUAAGCGGUGAUGAUAAGAUAUACACUGGAACACGCAAGACCGCACUAUAUAGCUUAAAUAUCCACACAGGUGAAAUCAAGUCAUCAUUCGGCAAUCGCGACGAAGAGUGUCCCGUGCCAACAAGCGCCUUACCGCCGAGAGAUGCUGAGGAUGACACAAUAAUGAUUGGAAAAACAAGAUACGAAUUGAGUAUACACUCAAAAUCCAAUAGCAAUGUUGUUUGGAAUGUAACUUACUCUCAAUGGGUUCCAAACAAUAUCGAUAAUGACUUGAUUAUGCAGAAUCAAGAGUCCCUCGAUAAGUUGUACUUUACGCCAUUCCAUGACCGUUCUUUAUUGGCAAUAAAUAAGGAUAUGGGAACACCAAUAUGGAUAAGCAAAUUACCUGCAUUGGCAGUGAAUAUAUUUGACGUGUUUCAUAAUGCCAAACAAAGCAAAGAAUACAUCUUGUUGCCACAUCCACUCAAGGUUCUUAAUGAUUUGCAGGUCAAUGAAGGAACCAAUAGAGAUAUGGUAUUUCUUAACAAGACAUCUGAUCAAGAUCAAUGGAUAGCCAUGAGUUUUAAUAACUAUCCAACACUAAUCAAAAGUGCACCCCUAUCCAAAUACCAGGCUAUGCUAAACAGCUACUACUCUGGUGUUGGAAACUCUUUUAAAGAGCUUUUUGAAAAUUACCAACUAUCAGCGAAUACACCCGAAGUAGUGGAGGAGUUAAUCAGUGGCAUACAUAGAGUAGUUGAACUUUCGGGGGAUACAGCAUACCAACCGAUUUCAAGGUUUGGUACCUCCGAAAAGAAUAUAAAGAGAAUUGGGGAUGGCAGCACCGAAUCGAUACUUGAUGCUGAACGUGGCAGGGAUAAAGGCAAUAGUGACAAAUCCGUGCCAAACAUUAUUGAUGGAAUACGGUUCCCUGCGAAAGUUUCAACGAUUGGUUCAGAAAUUAUCAUGCUCGAACCUUAUCAGAAGGAUAUGGAUGCUGUUCAAAACUACGAUUCAAUUGAUUCUGGACAAAAUACAAGUAUAAAUUUGAGCUCAGGUGCCAUAUUGAGACGGAUAUUGGAGGACCUCGGAGUAUUGUUGAUUAUACUUUUGCUUAUCUUGACAUUUGGAAGAUCAAAUAAGCUUGUUCAAAAACUAUUUGGAGAUUUCAGAGCACCAAAGGACUUGGAGUUAAGUGAGGAUGAUAAUAGUAAUAGUAGCGAUAGGAUGGCUGAUGUUAAGCAAACAAUCGUUAUCGACGCAUCUAUAAAUCCUGAUGCUGAAGUUCAAAACGAGGCAUUUACCAAUGAGAAGAAUCUCAGAGUUGACGAAAACGGCUCUAGUAUAAAAAUUGAGCCUAGUGAUAAAGUUUUAGAGGAUAACGAAAAUCCUGGCAAAAGUGUUAGCUCCAUGAGCACCAAAACAUUGGCAAAGAAAGUUAGAAUUGUGGAACCUAAUGAAACAACUAUUGAUAAUGAUUUCGCAAAAACUACAAGUGAACCCAAAGAGUAUAUCACAGCCAAUAACGCUAAUGAUAAAGUACAAAAUAUUGAGUUGGAAGAACAAACGACAAAGAAGAAACGCAAAAGAGGCAGUCGUGGAGGAAAACGUGGGGGUAAGCAUAUUAACAAGAAUAAAACCAAAUCGGAAUCCGACAUUGAGGAAGAAGAUGACUAUGAGGAAAGAGAUCAAAGUGUAGAAGUUGAAGCAAGAAGAGAGAGGAAAGUAGGAACACGAACUGGAACUGGAACUGGAACUGGAACGGGUACCAGUGUUGACUCGGGAUCGGGGUCUGGGGAAGAAGCCUAUGUAAAUAAAGAUGGCGAAGAAGUUGUGUCUACAAAGAGUUUGAUCAAGAGUGUUGCUUUGCCACCAACUAAAACUAAGAAGAAAUUACAAAUUGAAAAUAACCUAAUUAUCUCAGAUAAGAUUUUAGGAUACGGUUCGCAUGGAACUGUGGUUUUCCAGGGCUCGUUUGAAAACCGGCCUGUGGCUGUUAAACGCAUGUUGCUUGAUUUCUAUGAUGUAGCCAAUCACGAGGUGCGCUUAUUGCAAGAAUCAGAUGAUCAUCCAAAUGUUAUCAGAUAUUUUUGUUCACAAAGCUCGGAGUCUGAGAAAUUUUUGUACAUUGCAUUGGAGUUGUGUUUGUGUACUUUGGAGGAUAUCAUUGAAAAGCCUCAAAGAUUUGCCGACUUGUGCAUUCCUAAAAGAAAUGAAAUUCUAUACCAACUAGCAAGUGGACUUCAUUACUUGCACUCAUUGAAGAUUGUUCAUCGAGAUAUCAAGCCGCAGAAUAUUUUGGUUGCCGAUAUGAAGAAAACAUACCAAAUAAAGAAAAACCAGUCGUCAUCAUUGUCUUCUUCGCUCGGUAAUGAGAAUCAUGAGGAACACAAUAACGUGAGACUAUUGAUUUCUGAUUUCGGAUUAUGCAAAAAAUUGGAUAAUGACCAAUCUUCAUUCAGAGCCACAACACAGAAUGCCGCUUCGGGAACUUCUGGGUGGAGAGCUCCGGAGCUUCUCCUUCAUCAUGACUUGUUAGAAAUUUCGCCUGAUUCGAUUUCCUCGGUGCACUCUGCUGGUGGCAUCAUGGAUCCCAAUAUUUCGAGCAGUGGAAAAAGAUUGACAAAGGCAAUUGACAUAUUUUCCUUGGGAUGUGUCUUUUUUUACAUUUUGACAAAUGGUUCGCAUCCCUUUGGUGAUAGAUACUUACGAGAGGGAAACAUCGUUAAAGGUGAGUAUGAUCUUUCCUUAUUGAUCCAAAGAUGUCCUAAUGAUAAAUACGAGUCUGUGGAUCUAAUAUCUAAACUUAUUGAUGCAAAUCCAGCCAAUAGACCCAAUGCGUCUGUUAUCAUGAAACAUCCUUUAUUUUGGUCCAACCACAAGCGUCUUGAAUUUAUCAUAAAAGUAAGUGACACCGUUGAUAGAGUUAAUCGAAAAGAGCCAAGUGCACUUUUGGACAGCUUGGAAUCUCACGCUGCAAAAGUUCAUAAUAUGGAUUGGAGAUCAGCUUUGGAUCAAGAGCUUGUUGAUAAUUUGGGUACAUACAGGAUGUAUGGCACAGAGAAGUUGGCAGACUUGAUUCGAGCCAUUAGAAACAAAUGUCGUCAUUAUGAUGAGUUGCCAAAGUCAUUACAAGAAAAAAUUGGGACCUUCCCCGAUGGAUUUUACAAAUAUUUCAAUGACAGAUUCCCGCAUUUAUUAAUGGAGCUUUAUUAUUUUGCUGAGCAAAACUUAAAAGACGAGUACGAGUAUAGGCUUUUUUACUUCUAA